GUGCAGCUUGUUGGUUUGGAUGAAGAGAGCUCAGAAUUCAUUUGCAGGAACACUUUUGAUCACCCCUACCCUACCACAAAGCUAAUGUGGAUCCCAGACACCAAGGGAGUGUAUCCAGACCUGCUGGCAACCAGUGGUGACUAUCUGCGAGUGUGGAGAGUGGGUGAAACAGAGACCCGGCUGGAGUGUUUGCUGAACAAUAACAAGAACUCUGAUUUCUGUGCUCCGCUGACAUCAUUUGACUGGAAUGAAGUGGAUCCUUACCUUCUAGGCACUUCUAGUAUUGACACAACCUGCACUAUCUGGGGUCUGGAGACAGGACAGGUUCUGGGCAGAGUAAAUCUCGUCUCUGGCCAUGUGAAGACGCAGCUUAUUGCACAUGACAAAGAGGUGUAUGACAUAGCGUUCAGCCGCGCAGGUGGUGGCAGAGAUAUGUUCGCUUCGGUUGGUGCAGAUGGCUCGGUGAGGAUGUUUGACCUCCGUCACCUGGAGCACAGCACCAUCAUUUAUGAGGACCCACAGCACCAUCCGUUGCUGCGCCUGUGCUGGAACAAGCAGGAUCCCAAUUAUCUUGCUACAAUGGCCAUGGACGGCAUGGAGGUUGUGAUUCUAGAUGUCAGAGUUCCUUGUACUCCUGUUGCCAGGUUAAACAACCACAGAGCAUGUGUCAAUGGAAUUGCUUGGGCACCUCAUUCUUCCUGCCACAUUUGUACAGCAGCGGAUGACCAUCAGGCUCUCAUCUGGGAUAUCCAGCAAAUGCCCCGUGCCAUUGAGGACCCUAUCUUGGCCUAUACAGCGGAGGGAGAAAUCAACAAUGUACAGUGGGCAUCCACUCAGCCAGACUGGAUAGCUAUCUGCUACAACAACUGCCUGGAGAUUUUGAGAGUGUAACAUGACUGCUUCAUGCUGCAUUGAGGCAGGGCUGUAUAAUUUCCCUUCCCCUCUAAAGUAAGAACAACACCAGUCAAGUGGCCAGUAUCUGUUGUUGCUUUGCAUCUACUGUUACAAGAAACCGUUACAAGAAUCAAUGGCAGGUGUCUCCUGUCUCUCCAAGACUCUAAAAUGCAGAGACGUGCUGAGCCUCUUGGACCUUCUGGGUUCUGUUUUUUUGGUUUUAUUUUUUUGCCCUCAUUUAAAGUUCUGUAUAUUUGUUUGUUGACUGUAUUAAUAAGCUCGCAGGCUUUUAAGUUGCUGCAUAUGUUCAUGUGUUUGUCAGCCAGCUGAGGCAGCACAUCCAACUCGUUUAACAGAUGCAAGUGCAAAACAAGGUGGGGAAAAAGACAUUGAUGUUAACAGCCACCUUGGCAGGAAUCUUUAUCAUUCCUGUUGUUGCUGCCUCUUAACUGUUUAAACAUUUGUAUGGUUUUUAUAUAUUGGGCUAACUUUCUAUUGAGUAAGAUUUUUCUCCCUAAUUCUUACUUUUGAUAUGUGAUCCACUUCCACACGCCCAAAGCAGGAUCUGUUUGUUGAUACAAAUCACGGUAACGCUGCAGGCUCCCUGGCAGUAAAGGCCUGCCAGAAUUAACUGUUGCCUUGGCUCUCUCGGCAGAAUUUUCUGGUGCUGUGAAGUACAAGUACUUGUUGCACAAUUUCUUUACACUUUCCUGAUGCUAGAGGCAGUUGGUAGGCCUUAUUUUUAAAUUAUAACUGUAUUUGUGUGUAUCCUGCAGUUGUGCUAGCUAACAGAAUGGUUAUUGGUUUCAGAAAGAAGAUAUGUGCAUGACUUAAGCUCCCAGGAGAUAAAUGAGUCCUGAAAAAAUGUGAUUUGUAAUGGACUUGGGAUUGACGCUUCCAAUCAAAUGGUUUCCCCUCGGAAGACUUCCUAUCUAAACCAAAAUAAAAUGGUUUCACACAUUGUAGCUUGCUUGAUUGGCAACUAAUAUGAGCAAAAUUUUUGUGG